ACUUCCCAACUUGUACGUUCGUCUUUUUUGUUUUAACGAUAAUGGUUCACGAUCUUAACAGACUUUUUCCAUUCCGAUUCACUAUUCAUUCGAAGAGAAAGAUAUAGCUGACGCAAUAAGUUUGCACAACGGUUAUUGUAAUUUGAUCAUUCUAUAAGAACGAUUGGCACAGUUCAUAUUCCGAUGAGUUCGAAUGAGCAACUUUCUCUUUUUAACUCUUGGAUAGUCUACCAGAAAUAGGAUGGUUGACGAAAGUAUUCGAACACUAUUAAGAACUUUUUAUGCAUGCUGACGUGGUGUUAGAUGUAAGGUACCCAAGAAAUACUCUCGAUGUUCAACAAUAUAAUUUAUUCAACAAUCAACAAUCCUCGCUUUUCGACUAUGUUUGCUUCGCUGUUACACUUGACCCUUUGCACUUCGCUGUUCAAAAUCGAAUGAAUCUUUGGACAGAUUCUUUUCUUUUGAUGUCCCUCGAUAUUCCCACUAUGCACGCGUCCGUUAGACGUCUGUGACGUUAUCGCGUACGCAUUCUUCCGAAUAUUCGGCGGAAGGACCGUAGGGAUAUCGAUUGGACAUUAGGCAUGUCGGCCUUACACUUUGAUGACAUUAUGCUUGUGUCGCGAAGUCAUCGAGUGCCGCCACAAUGCUAUAUAAAAUUUUGGAAUUUCAUUAGCAUUUAAACGAAAUAAAACUAUUGCGAUUGUACUGACAAAAUUUGAAAGGAAUCUGAGGAUUUACACAUACAGGGUGGUCUAAAAAUCAGUCCUUACUGCUCAAUCCACGAUCAAAAGUUAAUCGGCUUCUAAUCGACUGUAAACUGCAAUAUUAUGAAUUUCAAAAGAGGUUCUGCUUCGAUGACAAGCCAAGAAUACCUUGAUCUUUUUAAAUUGCACUAUGUAUUUUUGUCUGCAUAGCACUGUAUGCGAGUUACAUAUAUGCUAUAUGUAUAUGUUCUUAGUUUGCGAGGUAUUUGUAAAAGACUGUCAGUAACACCACAAUAUAGUAGAAUACAUUAUUCUAUGUAUUGUUGUGUGUCGGUGACAGCUUAUGCGUUAGUAUGACGGGUUGCCGGCUGUCUCACGGUGGCUGGAUAAAAUAGCACCUAACCCGGAGAUAAUUUUUAUCUUUUGUUUAUAGUUUAUAUAGGAUUAGGCGUGAGGUUGUAACAUGCAAAGGAAAACCUUGCCCGAAAUGUUGACUUCUACACCAUAUUAGUAGAAUCAUCGAAAUCCAAGAUGACGGCAGCUUUCUAAAUAAUUAGCAACAACUAUAGCGUAAUAGAAACGAGAAACUAUGCGUGUAAUAUUUCUUCUAAUUUAGGCGUUGGACAAAAUACAACUUCAUAUAGGGACUAAGAGAACAAGAGCUAACUAUUCAUGCAAUAGUAAGCGUAAAUACGUUAUAGUAGACUAAUUGUAAGUUUCAAUAUGUAAUCGUGUCGUAUUCGAGUUUCUCUCCGACACUUGCUCGGUACUGUUCAGUACGUGACGUGUCCACUUAAGAUAAAUUGUCGCAAGGUUAAAUAUUGCUGCUAUCUUUCAACAGGCAGAGCAUAAUAUUUAUGGAACAUUCGGCGGGACAAGAUCAAUCGUCAAGAAAUUGACGAUGAUUCGCCAGUUUCCAAAGUGAGGGAAAAGCAUGCAGCGCUAGUAAGACUCAUUGAUACGUUUGCCAUUGAUUAUCGAAUUGCUUUGAGUUCGAUUUAUUGAUUAAUUGCCCGACAUAAUUUUGAUCUACGUAAAUCUUAAUGUUUAUACGAAUGGUCGAGUAACAACUGGCUAUUGGGCUGAUAAGGUUCCAGUUGAGGCGUUGGUGUUCGAAGUGGUUUUAAAUCGCUGCUUGCGAAUCGAGAGCAUUAGAAGAAACAUGUUAAGAAAUUGUCAUUUCUUUCUCGUUCUAUCGACGAUCAUAAUUUUGUUGCAUUUUGGUAAGGCAGAUAUUAGGAAGGACUGUCGCAGAGAAUCGAAGGUUUCAUGGGCCGCAUUAAGACGGAUGAAAGCCGGAGACUUGGAACAGGAAGAUCAAAACUUAAAGUGCUACCUCAAGUGCUUCAUGAUGAGGCACGGUAUCUUAGAUAAGAACGCGGAGGUAGAUGUGCAAAGGGCGCUUCGACAUCUACCACGAAGCAUGCAAGACUCGUCCAAGAAAUUGUUUAACAAGUGUAAAUCCGUCCAGAGCGACGAUCCUUGCGACAAGGCUUACAAGAUGAUCAAAUGUUACGUAGAAUAUCACCCAGAGAUUUUGCAGAGCGUCCCUUUCCUCUAGAGCUCUCGUCAGGAGAGCCGCAGGGAGAUACUCGAGUAUUAAAAAAAAGAAGACGAUAUUACUCCACUUUCGUGUAAUCAUUCUGCGAUGAGAGACAAAAGAACGAAAUAGUGCUGUAUGCAUGGUUCAACGUUAAAUAAAAUUGGAGAUGUAGCACGGGAUAAAUGAUGGCAAGAAAACGAUAGCCUUAAUUCCUCAACGUACGAUUUUUCUCAAUCUAAUCGGUUCAAGAUGCACUACCUUUCUCAGCGUAAUUGUUUUUUGACUAUAUAUAAAUGUAGUAUCUUAAUGGGUCUUAGAGGAAAGGGCAAGUAAUGAUGUUUGGAUUUAAUAAAUGAUAUUCGAAGCAACGAAA